GGUCGGAGGCCUUUGCAGAGAGCCCCGCGUCCCUAGGGGGCGGCGGUGGCCGUGGAGGCGGCGGAGGCAGCGGGGGGAUCCGGAAGUCAACACCAUGUCGAGUCUGCACAAGAGCAGGAUUGCAGAUUUCCACGAUGUCCUGAAGGAGCCCACCAUCGCCUUGGAAAAGCUUCGGGAACUCAGUUUUAGUGGCAUCCCCUGUGAGGGCGGACUGCGGUGCCUCUGCUGGAAGAUUCUAUUGAACUACCUCCCCUUGGAAAGAGCCUCAUGGACCUCCAUCCUGGCCAAGCAGAGGGAGCUAUAUUCUCAGUUCCUGAGGGAAAUGAUUAUCCAGCCUGGCAUUGCCAAGGCCAACAUGGGUGUGUCCAGGGAGGAUGUAACCUUUGAGGACCAUCCGCUCAACCCCAACCCUGACAGCCGGUGGAACACGUACUUCAAGGACAACGAGGUGCUGCUGCAGAUUGACAAGGACGUCCGGAGGUUGUGCCCAGACAUAUCUUUCUUCCAGAGAGCCACCGAGUACCCCUGCCUCCUUAUCCUGGACCCCCAGAAUGAGUUCGAGACCCUUCGAAAGCGGGUGGAACAGACAACACUGAAAUCCCAGACAGUGGCCCGGAACCGGAGUGGAGUCACAAAUAUGAGCUCCCCACACAAGAACUCUGCGCCGUCAUCCCUGAAUGAGUAUGAGGUGCUGCCCAACGGCUGCGAGGCCCACUGGGAGGUGGUGGAGCGUAUCCUGUUCAUCUACGCCAAGCUCAACCCUGGCAUCGCUUACGUGCAGGGCAUGAAUGAGGUCGUGGGGCCCCUCUAUUAUACCUUCGCCACCGACCCCAACAGCGAGUGGAAGGAGCACGCCGAGGCAGACACCUUUUUCUGCUUCACCAACCUCAUGGCUGAGAUCCGGGACAACUUCAUCAAGAGCCUGGAUGACUCACAAUGUGGUAUCACUUACAAGAUGGAAAAGGUGUACUCCACCUUGAAGGACAAGGACAUGGAACUCUACCUGAAACUGCAAGAGCAGAACAUCAAGCCCCAGUUCUUCGCCUUCCGCUGGCUGACGCUGCUGCUGUCCCAGGAGUUCUUGCUGCCCGACGUCAUCCGUAUCUGGGAUUCCCUCUUCGCCGAUGACAACCGUUUCGACUUCCUCCUCCUGGUCUGCUGCGCCAUGCUCAUACUGAUCCGGGAGCAGUUGCUGGAAGGGGACUUUACCAUAAACAUGCGGCUCCUGCAGGAUUACCCCAUUACAGAUGUCUGCCAGAUCCUACAGAAAGCCAAGGAACUCCAAGACUCAAAGUAGCCUGCUGGCAAGAGGCCCAGUUUGGGAGAGAAGACACGACCCCUGUGCCCUGGCUUCUGGGACACACAGGAGCCUCUGGGAUCCCAGCCAGCCCGAGGGGAAGCUGCAGGACCGGCCCACUCCAGGCUGCCUCAUCUGGCUCCAUCACCCUAGGCCGCUCCCGCUGGGGGCACACUGUGCCAUGCUCCUUUCUAACCACCCAGCCCUGGCUCCCUUCCUGCUCUUCGACCCGGAGGCCUUUUGCCCAGGC